UGCUUUUGAAUACUUGGCGGCGUCGUGAAGUGAUCGCUCUUCAACAACUCUUAAUCAUUUGAAAGUUUGAUAUUUUUUAAAAUAGUUUUUAAAGAAAAUAACGCACACAUAUUCAAAUUAGGUAUAUUUAUGUAUGAUUUUUGGAAAAGCAAAAUAAUAUUUUCGCCUUUCUUAUUGUGAAAUGUGAAUUUAAAUUAGUAAAAGACAAACGAACACAUUAAUAAUUAAUUCAAACACGGCAUAUUUGCGUAAUUGUGGUUAAAAGUAUCGUUUUUAAUCGAAAAUUAAUAAAUAGUGAACGAUUACAGUGACAAAUACUGGAGUGCAGUGAAUAAGAAAAGAUAUAUUCUCAUAUUUGUUAAAAAUUUCUAGGCGUUCUGCGAAAAAGCCCUGCAAUGUCCCAAUCAUCACUACCGCCACAACCACCACAACCAAUCCCUAUUUCGGUGAUAAAUCGUGGCACAACACCAACAACAGCCGAACAGCGGCGUGCGAGUUUUGCGCGUCGCGCUGAGAGUUUGGUGGAGCGGGUGAGAGUAUUGAAUCAAAUAUACGAGAAAUAUCUUGUUAAUACGGACAAGAGUGGCGAAUUAACAGUUACAGUGCAGGGCGACUUGACACAACAAGAAAAGCGUGCAGUCUUCAUUACAGUCCACGAUCUGGGAUGCAAUCACAACUCAUUCCAAGAAUUUGUCAGCAGUCCAUGCAUGACGGAGAUUAAGGAGCGUUCCUGUUUCAUACACAUCGAUGUACCUGGACAUGCUGAUAAUGCUGAGGCCUUACCGGACAGUUUCCAGUUUCCAUCGCUGCAAACACUGGGUGAAGAUCUCAUUACCGUUUUGGACUUUCUGCAUGUCAAAUAUGUGAUUGGCUUGGGUGAAGGCGCCGGUGCUAAUGUCCUGGCUCGCUUCGGUUUGGCUCAUCCAUCCCGAGUGCUCGGUUUGGUGUUGAUCAAUGCCACCGGCAGCGCCGCCAGCGUUUUACAAUCAUUCAAAACAAAGCUAAUACAAUGGAAGAACGAUGAUAUUGCACAAUCGGCCGAAAGCUUUCUAAUGUAUCACAAAUUUGGACAUGUUAUGGAGUUCCAGCAAUUGGUUGGCGAUAAUCCGGAUAAGGAAAAGAUCGUCUCCGAAUAUCAGAAGCGUUUGCACAGCACUUUGAAUAGCAAAAAUGUGGGACUCUAUGUUAAAGCUUUUAUGAGCCGCAAGGAUCUUACAUUGAAGGGUUGCAAGAUUGAUGUCAUCUUAAUCACGGGCAUGUUGAGCCCCUAUGCUUCGAUGGUUGAAAAGUUGCACAAAGAUGUGGAGAAGGAGAAGGUGACUAUUUUGAAAAUAGAACGUGCUGGCGAUGUUUUGGCUGAUGCGCCCGCCAAAGUAGCUCAGUCUAUUUUGCUCUUCUGCAAAGGUCAAGGCAUUCUAACCUCUGUCGUUAUGCCGGGCGUUGAUCGCGGACGUGCUUACUCGACAAGUUCCGGUGGUUCGGUGGACGGACAGAAUGGUUCACGCAAACUAUCACGUGGUGUCUCCAUGGAAGAUUACGACAAGCCAAAUAUACGCCGAUUGAGUAUUAUCAACAACGAAUCACCGAAGAAGUAAACGGCGCGCUUGAGAAAAAAUAAUAUUGAAAUGCAUGAAAUUAUUGUGUGUGCAGGCGUACCCAUAUGCACAUUUUUUUGUGUAAAAUAUAUGGGUAUGCUAGUUAUAGUUCAAAGUAUUGUUAAGCUUGAAAUGUGUGGAACAAAAAUAUUACAUGCAAUGCGCCCAAAAAUCAUUAUGUUACUAUUAAGCCAACAAAAAAAAAAAUAAAAUUAAUUAGAAAUUAUUUGAUGCUUCACUAAUUUAUCGCAUAAUAGAAAGAUUUAAAGCUGUUAGUUUAUAUUACAAAAUAUAUACUUACAUACAUACAUGUGUAUAUACAUAUGUAUAUGUAUAUAUAUUAAUAUAUGUGUCUGAAAACAAUGCCCAAGUUUAAAUGCUAAACCAAAAACUAAUAUCGUUUGAAUAUGUUAAUGUAGUAAACAUAUGUACAUGGCUAUAUAUUGAUAUUUACAACCAUACAGCACAUACAUACAUACAUGUAUAGACAGCUAUGUAAAGUAAUGAAAUCACUUCAAAAACCUGAAAACGGUUAAAUUAUUUGAAGCGUUUUGCGCACUUAAUCUUUAUUGCAUGAUACAUACAUAUAUACAUAUUUAUACAAAAAUUACACAUAACAUUCUAAAGUCAGCUGCAACUAAAUGACAUUUUCAUAAAUAAAUUAAAAUAAUAAUGUUUACUUUUUGCACAUGAAAAUGAAAAAUUCAUAAAAAAAAUUAAAAUUCAUAAAUCAUAAAUAAAUUAAAGAAAUAAAUAUUUACUUUUUGCACAUCAAAAUGAAAAAUUAAACCCACCUACAACGAAAAAGUGACCAAACAUAUCUCUCAAAAACUUUUUUCGAAAAAAAAAACAAAUUCCAGCAUAAUAAGAACAGCUCAUGGAAGAUUUGGAAACUGUCAACUACACGUAAUACCUCCAAAUGUUAACGAAAACAGUACCUUUCAAUUAACUAACAAAGUACACCGAAAACACUAAUCGAGUUUCAUUUAUGUAUUUCAAAAAAAUUUUUAAAACAAAUAUAUUCAAACUUUUUGAACGCUAUUUUAAUCACAUUUCCAAAUAUGCUUAAGAAAGAUGUUAUAAACAAUGAAAAUAUUCUCCGUAGAUUUGUAAAAAAAGCACGAAGAGAUUAUUAAAAAUCAUUAACUUGUAAAUGUAGCAACAGCUUGUUCUUAAAUAAAACCCGUUGCUUAUAAUGUUAAAAACAAUGUAGUCAAACACGCCGCAGCCAUAAUUAAUUAAAGUAUAUAUGCUAUAAUUAUAUUCAUUAGAAAAUGCGUAUGGAAGCUAAAGUUGAACUUCAGCCUUGCAAUUUUCAUUUCAAUGAAAAAGAAAACAAGAAAAUUUAGAAGCAAGCUCAGUUAAAAAUUGCAAGCACUCAAUUAACAGUACAUAACUUCAUUUCCACAUGGAUUGAAGCAAAUAUUCAAUUGCAAUUAGAAAAAUAUAAAUAUAUUUUUAUUUAAAUACAAUUGUAAGUAUUGCGUCAAAGCAGCGAAUCAUGUGCAAUUAUUUCACAUAAAAUUUUGUUUUUUUUUGCAAAAAUACAAACAUAUAAUAUGGAGGCAUGUUAUAUCAGGGUAUGCGCUACAAUGCGCAUAUUUAGAAAAAAUGUAUUAGCGUUUAUAUUCAAAUUAUGCUUAUAUAAUCUAUAUUGAACGCAAUGCCACAAAGCCAAUAAAAUCACACAAAUCAUAUUUAACAUGAAAUUAUAUUAAUCAAACAAUGUAUUGUAUUUAACUACAAAAACCAAGCCAAACUUUAACUAGAAUUGCAUUAAAAGGAGAAUUCUAUAUCAAAUUAUGUAAUGAUAAGGUGUUUAGCGAAAUGUGAAAUUAAAUUGUUUAGAAAAAGUUUAUAAGGAACUUUAAAA